AUGACACAAGAUCUUGUUAUAUCGCGCCCAGGGGCGACUUACGAGACUCAGCCGCCUGUUGCGGGGCCGACAGAGUCCGCGUUCGUCGAAACAUUCGGAGCACUACUGCCAGCCGCCCAAUUCCUUCAGACUCCCCGCGGCAAGGCUGCUUAUUACGAGAUCAAACCUUCAUCCAACGAUGGAAACACCAAGAUUGACAAAGUACUGUUCAUCCAUGGUGUUCAGACCCCAGCGCUAGGCAUGCUGCCCCUUGCCCGCGCUCUCGAGAAAUCGUUCCCGGCUGCGCAUUUGGUACUGAUUGAUCUCUGGGGCCACGGAUUGAGCGAUACACCCGUUGCUCCGCACGAAGCAUCGCUAUUCCACGAGCUUAUUGACAACCUAUUGGAUCACCUGAGCUGGCAGUCUGCUCAUCUCGUGGGCUUUUCCUUCGGCGGAGCCACUACUGUCAGCUACGUUGCAUCCAGACCUUCGCGCGUCAAAAGCUUCACUCUCGUCGCGCCCGCAGGACUUCUAGAAAUGUCCAUGUUCACACCCGAAGAGCAGGCCUGUCUUCAAGGAGGCGACGACGCUGCUGCGAAGAAGUGCGUCUUGAACAUUCUCGAGGGUGGAGAUCUCGUUGUACCGGCGGAUUGGAAGCAAAGGGUCGCCAGUGGUGAGAUUGUUGCAGAGGCUGUGCGUGAGUGGCAGAUGCGCGAACACCCAGGACAUACGGCUUCGGUUGUUGCGAUCUUUAGAGACGGCGGUGUGAUGGGUUCGUAUGCUCACUUUGAUAAGGCGGCCGAGACUGGAAUUCCUUCGCUCGCUGUGCUUGGAGAGCUGGAUGGCCUGUGUAGUAAGGAACAACUUAAUACGCAUGGAUUCAAGAAUGUUUUUGUGGUUCCAAAGGCUGUUCAUAGUGUUGUCAGGGACCAGGCUGAAGAUGUCGCUAAACUCAUCGGCGACUUCUGGAAGACACUGGAGAAGCAAUGA